CGGUGGUAGCGAUGUCCCAGUAUUAGUAGUGCUUUACUGAGAUACUGUAGCGCAUAAGGAAUCAUGAGUUUUGCGAAUAAAGUGGUGAUAGUGACGGGAGCAAGCUCGGGCAUCGGCGCGGCGACGGCGCUGAUGUUCGCCAAGGAGGGUGCCAACGUGGCGCUCGUGGCGCGCACGCAGGCCAAGCUCGCCGCCGUCGCCAAACACGUCGAGGCGCUCGGCAGGAAAGCUCUCGUUAUACAAGCCGACCUUUCCAAGGAAGCUGACACUGCCACCGUCAUCUCUAAAACGAUAAAAUAUUACGGUAAACUAGAUGUACUUGUCAACAACGCCGGAAUGGCUUCAGAGGGAUGCUUACUAGAUGGCAAGGCGUUGCAGGCAUACGACGAUGUGAUGAAGACUAACGUAAGAGCUGUGAUCCAACUGACCAGUCUUGCAGCGCCUUAUCUGAUCCAGACUAAGGGAAAUGUGGUUAACGUAUCCAGUGUAGCAGAAAUGAUAACCUGCAAGAUACCCACGACGUUUAUGCUUUAUGCCGUGUCAAAGGCGGCAUUGGGACACUUCACGCGUUGCGCUGCCCUAGAACUAGCGCUUUCAGGCGUCAGGGUAAAUUCUGUGAGCCCCGGGCCGGUGGAGAACGAAUUUAUAACCAACAACAAGCUCGGCAACGCCGAUGACUUACUUGGAAAACUAGUAGGCUUUACUGCGGUAGGGUACAUAGCUAAAAACGAUGAGAUUGGACGCGUGAUUUUAUUCUUGGCGAGUGAUGAGGCGAGGAGCAUUACUGGUUCUACAUACAUAAUUGAUAACGGAUGCCUUUUGAAAUGAAUGUUUUAUAGGUACCUGUACAUAGGGCAAGAAUAUUUUAUUUAUGUUCAACUAUAUUCUUAACAUACCUAUUUAAAAUCAAAAUCAGCAGUAUUUGAAAUAAUUGGUACAGUACAAUUAUAAAACUAACUACUUGUUUUAUUUUUGAUUAUUACCUUUCUUUCCUAACUAUACUUUUCGCGUCAAAUGAUUGUACUUAUAGCAGUUCUUUCAAGUUUUUUUUUGGCCGGACUUAAGUUACUGAGCGUUAACCAGCAUGGUCUCCAUUUCAGCUUUGUACUUUGUAGGCUUUGUAGCGGGCUAACCAACGUUAAAGAAAAACUUUUAUUCUUAAUAAAAUUAUAUACAUAA